CAAUCACCGCACAGUAGGCGGGUCUAUUUUGAAUACGGGUGGAUUAAAAAAAACGAGAAGCCGUAAGUGUUUAGGAGGAAGUCUGGAAAUUCCGAGGCGUGAAGCUCAACACCAUCAUCCACACUGUUCCUCUAAAUUCUGCACCAUGAAGCCUAGACCACUGUCACGUGACUCGGGGUAAAGCGCAAAAGUAUUGGUACACAGCUCAGGUUCACGGAUCCUGUAAACACACCUGUGUUCGGCAUGUGAUCCUGAGGAACUCCGCCUCAGCGCCUUGUCAGUGAAGAAGUCCAGGGUCGUGUCCGAUUCCCAACGCUCCCCUGACCAUGGGCAGUACGCUGAGCGAGCCCUGCAUCUACGACAAGCUCUCUGAGAGCAUCGACAUCCUGCGGCAGUCCGGGUACCGAUACGGCAUGUCCGAGAGGGAGAUCGAGAAGUUCAUAAAGCAGGUCCUGGAGACCAACGAGCCUCGCCGAGAACCGGCCCAGUUCCCCGUCCUGAGGGCCGCCGUCAAGGUGCUGGUGGUGGUGUGUGUGCUGCUGCUGCUGGUUUUGGCAUUCGCCUACGCUCAGAGUUUGCCUGCAUCCGGCUCGGUCAGUGCAGCAGAGCGGUACAACUGGUCAUCACCUCUGAGUCACAUUCGACUGCUGUCUCUGCCCAUCGCCAAGAAGUACAACCUGCACAGUUUCCAUGCGUGGUGGAGUGUGAGUCACACACUGCUGAACUGCUCUGGAUGUUCCAGUGUUUCCGCAGUGCUCGAGAUCUCCACAUUAAUAAACACAGAUUCUGUACACAAACACACACAACCUGUGUUAGUGAAGGGUGGAGCGUCUAUGUGUGUGCGGAGGCAGCAGCUGGAGGAGCUUCAUUCCUCACACUCUGCCUCUCUGACUGUCCUGAUGGAGGAGAGGGAGGAAGUGAUGUCAGGACAGGAAGUGACGUCACAGGUUUUCCCGCAGGGACUGGCCAACUUCAGCCUUCUCUGGAGUGGUGAGCCAGGGUCCAGGGAGGACGUGUUUCAUUCACUCUUUCCUAGUGCACUACUCUGCCCCCUAGCACAGAGUGUAGUGAGGACAGUGCAACGCUGCAGAGUUACACACAGCACCAGCUCUCAGAGCAGAGGAGAGUGUGUGUUAGGUUGGUUGUUGGUUGGUGAAGGCUCUCCCACUGUGCGUGUUUUACCGCAUCAGCACUGCCAGACGCACUGCAGCUCCUUUAACCUGUGGCUUGAACCUGGAGAUCUGGUGUACACAGACCCACAUUUCUGGCAGCUGGAGCUGUUCCCCGGCCGAGGAGAGAACAUCGUGUGUGAUGGGUCAGGCGUGUCCGAUUCCGGCGUGCUGCCUUCAGCGCUCCACUGCGUUUAGUUUAGUUUCCACAUACAAGGAGGACGUGAGUCUGACCCCUGGAGCUCAGCAGCGCUGGACGUGUCUUACAGUCUCCACUGACCUUCACUUCUCCUGUAAAAUGAAUGAAUCCUGACUGUAACCUGGGGAACGUACAGAACCUCACUGCUGCUGAGAUGUACCGGUGCUGUGAGGUCCAGAGCGUCAGGUGUCCGGUAUUUAACACACUCCGUCCUGCUCCGUGACGCAGGGAAACACUUCUGUACGCAAGAGCUGAGUGACCGUAGGUCAGAUUCACGUCAUGUGAUCAGAGACUGGGAGAAAAUGACCCAGAGUGGAAUGUUUCAUGUGUGGAUCAGAACAAAGCCACGAGAACUAACUCCACUGCCCACACACUGACCCUUGGGGAACUUGAUUAAUUUGAUUGAUUAAUUAGGAAUGAAAAAUCAAGGUGUGAGCAAACAUAACUUCUCAUCACGAGCCUAAUUCUCAUCUUUUAAGUUCAUGAGAUUUUUGUUCAGUUAAAAAGAACUGGCAUUUAUUUUUAUUUUGAAUUGUGAAUGUAUUGUGUGUCUCGAGUCGCACUCACACACACCGCUUCCCCUCAAAUAUAACACAGUAAACCACUCGAAGGUGUGUGUGUGUGUGUGUGUGUUCCAGUAGAGGAGAACACUCUCCUCCUGAGGCUGUGUGUAUCUCCUCUGUCUCAGCUGCAGCUCUGGAGAUAGAAGGGUUAAUAAAACACUGUGUAGAUCUGUGCAGUCUGUAACACAU